GUCACUUUACUUUCAAACACCAGAGUUAACAGACUGCCUUGGAAAACAGGUGAAACGCUAAAGUCUUACACAGGAUCUUGGGAAAUGUCCACCAACUUCUCUGUGGACAGGGUGGAUUUAAACACCUCUGGCACCAACCUGACGUGUGACUACUUUGUCUACCAAAGAGCUGGUGUGAUCAUCUUCCCAAUCUUCUACUCUCUGGUGUUCCUCAUCAGUGUCUGUGGCAACAGUCUGGUCCUGUAUGUGACAUGUCAGAAAAAGCAGAAGUUGAACUCCACGUCAAUCUAUAUGGUCAACCUGGCUGUGUCUGAUGUCCUCUUCACAUUGGUACUGCCAGGGAGAGUCACUUACUACAUCAGACAGUUUGACUGGCCCUUUGGGGAUCUGCUCUGCAGGCUGGCUACCAUGCUGUUCUUCUCGAACACAUACGCAGGCAUUGCCUUCAUGACAUGUAUCAGUCUAGACCGGUACCUGGCCAUGGUCCAUCGCCACAGGCUACAGUACCUGCGGCAUAUCAAGGUGGUGCGAGGGGUCUGCUGUCUCGUCUGGCUACUGGUGUCUCUGGAAACCUCCCCCAUGCUCUUCCGUACCAUGCUCCAAGAGCACAGAGGGCGACGAACCUGCAUGGAGUACUUCACCUUUGAGGGUUCUUCAAUCACCCCUUACCUUCUCUUCCUGGCCUGUACCGUCUCCUUUUGUCUCCCCUUGCUGGUCAUCAUUGGGUGUUACACCCAGAUCAAUCUCAAACUGAGCCGCACAGCCAAACAGAACCCGCUGACAGACCGCUCUGGUUGGAGCCGCAGAACCAACAACAUCAUCCUCCUCAUCCUCCUCACCUUUGUCCUGUGUUUCAGCCCCUACCACCUCAACAUCAUGCAGUUCAUGGUGAGGAAGAUGCUAGGCCAGCCCACGUGUGACGAGCUGAGGUUCUUCAAGGCUUCCCUACAGGUUACUGUGUCCGUGAUGAAUCUUAACUGUUGUCUGGACCCUGUCAUCUACUUCUUUGCCAUUAAAACGUACAAGCAGAGGAUGAUGAGUCUGUUUAAGGGCUACCGGUCUACCCCUGUCCCCUCCUCCAAAACCAACACAGAAAACAGCAGCAGCAACACCUGAACCUCAACACCUGAGCUACAGCAGUAGGAAGAAACGGGUUAUUCUUUAUUAACCCCUGUGCGGCCUCCGUCCCAUAUGCGGGACGGACAUCCAGCGAAAAAUCAUAUCCCCAUUAGCAUAACAAAAUGUAAUAAUACAAA